GUAUGACCCCUAUACCCCUGAGAAGCGAUUCACUAUCAAUGCUGUUCAAGAUGAUCCUGGCGCUGCUCAACACUUAGUUCUCCCAACACCUGUCAAAGUAGAGGUAGAUGACACAUCGACUGUUUCCAUAUCAACUGGAGAUUGGGUCAUUGUGAUAAAGGAUAAUUUGCAACAAGAAGCUAAAUAUCUAUCAGAAAAACUCUCAAUGGGGACAACUAUUGUUACUCCAAGCUCGAAGUAUGUACUGCUCCAAGUUAACAAUACCUUGCUUGUGGAUGAUCAGACUACAAGUAACAACGAGGCUUACACUCUUGUAGUUGACACAAGUAGCCAGGUGAUAACCCUAGAGGGCAAGAGUCCUACAGGUGUAUUCUGGGCUGUCCAGUCGCUUAUAAGUAUCCAUGAUGGCACAAAUGGACGCAUUCCUGCUGUGACACUUAGUGAUCAACCUAGAUACAACUACAGAGGCAUGCAUGUUGAUGUGAGUAGGAACUUCCAUAAUAAAGAAAGCAUACUGAGACUCAUAGAUGGCAUGUCCCUUUAUAAGCUGAACAAACUACAUUUUCACCUAACUGAUGAUGAGGGAUGGAGACUCGAGAUUGAUGGCCUUCCAGAACUCACAGAGAUUGGCGGGUUCAGAUGUCAUGACCUUGCAGAGGGCCAGUGUGUUCUGUCUCAACUUGGUUCAGGACCAAACUCGUAUAAAUCUGUCAAUGGCUUCUAUACUGCCCAGGAUUACAGAGAAAUUCUGCAGUAUGCAACAGACAGGCAUGUAGAGGUCCUUCCAGAGAUUGAUGUUCCUGGCCACUGUCAUGCUGCUAUCAUAGCCAUGGAACAAAGAAGAAGAAUGCUUGAAGCCAAUCCUAUUCAAGGGAGUCCAGCAGAUCAGUAUCUUCUAUAUGAGGCAGAUGAUCCUUCCAAGUAUGUGUCAGUCCAACAUUUUACUGAUAAUGGUAUCAACCCAUGCCUUAAUUCAACAUAUGCUUUCCUGGAAAAAGUUUUUUCUGAAGUAGUUAAGCUUCAUGAUGGUAUUGCCCCGCUGAAAACAUUCAUAUUUGGUGGGGAUGAGGUUGCUGAAGGUGCAUGGCUUAACUCUACCGCUUGUGAGAAGCUGGUAGAGUCAGGGGAGGUAUCAAGCCAUCACGACCUGAAGGAAUACUUUGUGAAAAGAACAGCUAGUAUCAUGGAGGGCUAUGACCUUGGUGCAUGGGAGGAUGGAUUACUUGGGAAGGUCAAUGAUACUGAUGUUGCCUAUGAUAUCACACAGCUGAAAAACAAUGGAGAUGUGUAUGCCUACGCUUGGCAGAAUAUCUGGGAAUGGGGUGUUGGGAACCGAGCGUACAAACUUGCCAAUGCAGGAUAUAAGACAGUCAUGUCUCAGGCAACACACACGUACUUUGACCACCCAUAUGAGCCUGAUCCGGAAGAGCGUGGGUACUACUGGGCCCCACGGUUUAUUGACACAGAGAAAACAUUUGGUUUCAUGCCUGACAGUCUCUAUGAUAAUAUAGAUGUUGCAAGGAGUGGAGAGGUACUGAAUAAAGAGACUGAGUGUGCCAAAUCUGCAGAAUUUUGUCUACCUUUGGAAAAGCCUGAAAAUAUAGUUGGCAUGCAAGGUCAACUAUGGAGUGAAACUGUACGUACAGCAGAACAUUUAGACUUCAUGAUAUUUCCUAGAAUCAUAGCCCUUGCAGAGAGGGCCUGGCAUAAGGCAGACUGGGAAUCCAGUUCAGAUAAGACUGAGAGAGAAGCCGUGAGGCUUGAUGACUGGGAGAGUUUUGCACUUACUUUGGGAUAUAAGGAGCUGAAAAGAUUAGAGGAAUUGCAGAUUAAAUACAGAGUGUCCCUGCCUGGAGCAAGAGUAGUUAAUGGUAAAUUAGAGGCAAACACAGGUUACCCAGGUGAGACAAUACAAUACAGUACAGAUGGAAACACAUGGAAUACAUUCACAUCUACAUCUUCUCCAUCUGGUACCGUCUAUCUUAGAACUAUAAGCUCUGCUGGUAGAGCUAGCAGACAGAUACAGAUAGAAGUAGAUGGUUGUGGUGCCCCGACUUGUGGGGCUAGGAGCACUGUGCGCAAUAUGAUCGGACUCUCCAUUUCGCUCAUAACAGCUUUCCUCAUCAGCUCCAUGUGA